ACUGAACUUCAUUCAUAGCUCAUUCAUGACAGAACUUUGUGGCAUUGGAUUUUUCACACAGCACAUCGUCACAGAAAGACUAUCUUCAUGGAUACCAGAGCCAUUUUCAAAGCAUCUGGUUUCCUUAUCCUAACAGUCAUCAGUAUCCCAUCCAAUCUGUUCAUCUGCUGUGCCUUCCUUCACACUCGGCUGACCGAAACUAAGCUCACUCCCGCUGAUGUCAUCCUGUGCCACUUGGCCAUCGCCAACCUGACCUCAGCCUUUACUCGCAGUUUCCCUCAGAUGCUGACGGCAUUUGGCUGCCAGAACUUAUAUGAUGAUAUUGGGUGCAAAAUGGUACUUUACUUCUAUCGUGUGUCGAGAACUCUCUCCAUAAAGCUCACCUGCUUACUGAGCACCUACCAAGCUGUGCUUGUCGCCCCUGCCACCUCCAUUCUCGACUGCCUAAAGCUCAAAAUCCCAAAGUACUUGCAACACAUCAUUGUCAGUUUCUAUGGGUUUUGCUUUGCUACCAGUGUCCACUCAAUUCUGUUUUGCUAUUCGAAACUCAUCAACAACACCGUACCGCCUUACACAUUUAAUUAUGAGUACUGCUACCUCACUUAUCCCGAUUACACUGUUGUUAUUUCUGUAGGUCUAUCCCUCUUUUUCAGGGACUUUGCCUUCAUAGUAAUGAUGGCGGUCAUGAGCUGCUACAUCUUGCUGCUGCUCUAUCGGCAUGGUAAAAAAGUGAAGAACCUCCGAAGUUCAGACAAUGGAACCUCAGGAUCCAGAGCAGAGACCAAGGCCUCCCGUGCAGUGGUCACUUUGGUUAUCCUCUACACUGUCUUCUUUGGGGUGGACAAUGCAAUCUGGCUUUAUUCACUCAGCAUCGUCAGGGUGGCACCCCUUAUUUCAGAUAUCCGGGGCUUUUUCGCCAUCCUUUACACAUCGGUAUGUCCUGUUGUGGUCAUUGCUACAAAUCCUAAAGUGAAGGCCAAGCUGAAACUACCUAGGAUCAAGAGCCUGCCUCGUUCUAUGGAUACCGGCUCUUCAACUAUGUGACAGAAAACUGACAGAGUGAAUAAAAUAGAGUGUUGCAUGACAUGGCAUUGGCAUGAAGUGAAAAGUGAACAUGAACUUUGUCUAAAAAGUGAAAUAAAACUUAUUUAAAUUUAGAGAAAAACUCAGUGCU